UUUGUUCUGGAUUCAGGGGUGAGGAAGACCUGCGCGCGCUGACAACCGACAGAAAAAGACAGUCCAGCGUUUUGUGUGAUGGCCUGAGAGGGCUUCCCAGUCUAGCCUGCCUGCCUCUCCCGGGUCCAAACUGUCUGACUGGGACUCCCCCCCUCCCCGCCUGCUACGCCCUGCCUCCGUCGCCAUGGGAGACGGCCUGGAGGCGGGCAGCAGCCUAGACCCCGCCCCCCGCUCCCUCUCCUGUAACCCCGCCCCCGAGACAUGGAACCCCUCGAGGCCCAAACGACAGACCAACCAGCUACAGUACCUGUUGAAGGUGCUGCUGAAGACGCUGUGGAAACAUCACUUCUCAUGGCCCUUCCAGGCUCCCGUAGACGCCAUCAAACUCGGCCUGCCUGAUUACUAUCAGAUCAUCAAGGUUCCUAUGGACAUGGGGACCAUCAAGAAGAGACUGGAGAACAGCUACUAUUGGAACGCCCAGGAAUGUAUACAGGACUUCAACACCAUGUUCACCAACUGUUACAUCUACAACAAGCCUGGUGAUGACAUAGUGUUGAUGGCAGAGGCUCUCGAGAAGAUGUUUCUUCAGAAGAUCUCUGAGAUGCCCCAAGAGGAGACUGAGAUCCCCAUGGUUACCAAGGGGCGGAGGGCGGGGCAGAGAGAAGCAGGUCUCCUGUCUAAGUCUGACUCCGGCCAGGAUUCAUCUCCCUCCUCCACCCCCCACACCCGAGGUUUCUCCUCCCCGUCGCCGGUCCCUCAGACUCGGGGUCUCCCCGUAUCCCAGGGGCCCCCCACCCUCCCCUCGCCCUCCCCCUCAGACCCAGCCCCCUCGCGUUCCCCCCACCCCCUCCCUCCCACGCCCCCAGCUGGGACCACCCUUCCCCAUCAGCCCUCUGGAUAUCCUGGCCCAGGGCCUCACCUCCGUACCCCACCACCCCCAGCCCACCCAGGCCUUCACCCUGCUGCCCCACCCAUCCCCCAGAGCAUCGCACCCCCAGCAAAGCAGAGGAAGAGCCAGAAGAGGAAGGCUGACACCACCACACCCACCGCCAACGACCAGCUCAGCGAGUCGUCUCCCGUGGCGACGGAGCCCCCCCGACCCCGCCGUGAGAGCAGCAGCCGCCCGCUGAAGCAGCCCAAACGAGAACCCGCCCAGCCCGACUCCCAGCACCACCUGGGGCUAGGCGGGGGGGUUCCCGGGGGCGGAGCGUUAACGAGUCACGGCGGGAGCCCCAAACGACAGGAGCAGCUGCUGUUCUGUGGCGGUCUUAUCAGAGACAUGUUGUCUAAGAAACACAUUGCGUACGCGUGGCCCUUCUACAAGCCUGUCGACGCGCACGCCCUCGGCCUCCACGACUACCAUCACAUCAUCAAACACCCUAUGGACCUCGGAACCGUCAAGGAUAAGCUGGACAGCAGGCAGUACAGAGAUGCUCAGCACUUUGCUGCUGAUGUCCGGUUGAUGUUCUCCAACUGUUACAAAUACAACCCCCCAGACCAUGACGUGGUCAAUAUGGCACGCAAACUACAGGACGUGUUUGAGAUGCGCUUUGCCAAAAUGCCUGACGAGCUUGAGGAGACGGCCCUCCCCUCCCCCUCCCCAGUCCUCAAACCCCUCCCCACCAUCUCCCCUGCCCUCCACCCCGUCCCCCCCAUCCACCCCCUCCCCACCCCUUCGGCCAGACAGCCCCCUGCCCCCCGACCCCCCUCCUCCUCUGAUGACAGCUCCUCCUCGUCGGAAUCAGAAUCCUCUGAGGGAGGUUUGGAACACGAGAGAACACAGAGACUGGCUGAACUACAGGAACAGCUCAAAGCUGUUCACGAACAGCUGGCCGCUCUGUCCACACCCCAGGCCACCAAGCCCAAGAGAAAAGAGAGGGAGAAGGAGAAGAAUAAAGACAAGUUCAAGAAGAAGAUGGGAGGGGAGGAGCCACCAGAGAUCCCGCCCCCUGCCAUCCUCCAGCCAAUCAGAAAGAGCAAAAACAGCAAGGAGCUGGUGACCACGCCCAAGAAAAUCAAGAAGCCCAGUAAGAAAGAGAGUAUGAAGAGCAGUCGUCCGGGCGCCCCACAUCAGACCGGCUCCACCCCCCUUGCCCCCUCUGCCUCGCUGGAGGCAGAAGAUCACAUGAGUGUGUUUGUGGGCGGGGCAGCUGACAGGUGUAAGCCAAUGUCCUACGAGGAGAAACGCCAGCUCAGUCUGGACAUCAAUAAACUGCCCGGCGACAAGCUUGGCCGCGUCGUCCACAUCAUCCAAUCACGAGAGCCAUCGCUCAAGAACACCAACCCAGACGAGAUAGAGAUCGACUUUGAGACGCUGAAACCCUCGACGCUCCGAGAGCUGGAGAAAUAUGUCUGGACCAGCCUUAGAAAGAAGAAGAAAUCACAGCCAGCAGUAGAGAAGGCUCUGGAGGUGACCAGUGUGAUGAAGAUGAAGACAGGAUCUUCAUCAGGCAGCAGUGACUCCUCUGACAGCGACGACACAGGGCUGGCCCCCCAGCAGCAAAAGUCCUCCUCUAGCAAUAUAUACUGUAAGAGACCCCACCAGUCCAGCAGAGGCGGGGUCAGCAUCACUGCCCCUCUGGACCCCUCCUCCUCCCCCCAGACCCCCCUAGUUCAGUCCAAACCCCCCCAGCAUCUGCAUCAACACCCCUUCGCCCCCCCUCCUCCUCCCUCCAUCCCCACUGUCCCCGUGACCUCUCUGGACUCCUCUUUGACCUUUGACCCCCUAGCUCACUUCCUGGCCCCCCAUCUGAGCCAGCAGGUGGGGGAGCCCCUCCGUAAUGAACUGGGGGCCCCUGCCGCCGGACCCCCCCACCUCAACGCUACCAACACACACACCUCUGAGAGCACACAGCCCUUCCUCAACCAGCAGGCCGUCAUGCCCUCCGUCAUGCUCUCCCCAGCACUCCACAAUGCUCUCCCCCAACAGCCGUCCCGCCCCAGCAACCGAGCGGCCCCCAAACCCCCUCAGCCUCCCCCCUCCUCCCUCUCCACCCCCUCCACUCCUCCUCCCCCCCAGCCCUCCCUCCACAUUCCCCAACCGUCCUUCCCUCGCCCUUGUGUCCCCUCUCCCCCCACCCCCCACGGAAUCCUGGGGGUCUCGGCCCAACCCCCUCAAGCCCUAUUUGAGGACGACGAGGAGGCCGUGCCCACAAACUCUGAAACCCCUCCCCUCCCGCUCAGCCAGGUGCACAUGUACCUGCAGUCGUCUCGGCCCCCGGCACACAUACACCCCCACACACAGUCUCCUGGGGGGGUCCAGUCUCGGCCCCCGGCACACAUACACCCCCACACACAGUCUCCUGGGGGGGUCCAGUCUCGGCCCCCGGCCCACAUACACCCCCACACACAGUCUCCUGGGGGGGUCCAGUCUCGGCCCCUGGCCCACACACAGUCUCCUGGGGGGGUCCAGUCUCGGCCCCUGGCCCACACACAGUCUCCUGGGCGGGUCCAGUCUCAGCUCAUGUCCCGGGCCCCGGCCCACACACAGUCUCCUGGGGGGGUCCAGUCUCGGCCCCCGGCCCACACACAGUCUCCUGGGCGGGUCCAGUCUCGGCCCCCGGCCCACACACAGUCUCCUGGGCGGGUCCAGUCUCGGCCCCCGGCCCACACACAGUCUCCUGGGCGGGUCCAGUCUCGGCCCCCGGCCCACACACAGUCUCCUGGGGGGGUCCAUUCUCAGCUCAUGCAGGCCAUGCAGACUCAGUCACAGGCAGCGGCCGCUCCAACCCAGCAACAGCAGAGGCUCGCAACACACCCUCACUCACACCCUCACGCACACCCUCACUCACACGCUCACACACACGCUCACGCACACAUGCAGCAGGCGGGUCAGGGGAUGUCGUUCCCCCAGCAACAGAGCACCAUGCACCCGGCACAGAAAGGGAUCAAGCAGAUACUACAUCCACAACCAUCACCACGGAUCAAAACGGAGCCUUUCAACACAGGUCCUCUGAGGGAGAGCCCCUCCCCUCUGAUGAUACAUUCUCCCCAGAUGCCUCAGUUCCCACCAAUGAGACAGUCCCCUUCCCAGCCCAAGAAACUUAACCAAAGGGUGAAAGAGGAGAAGCCACUCCCCCCCCCGGUGCUGCCCCCCUCCCCUUUCAGCCCCACCCAGCGACACCACAAACCACAAGACAACAAACACACACACAUCAAUAGGUCACCUGAAUCAACCGAUCAAUUGACUCCUGCAGGAUCAGAUGUGAAGCUAUUGGACAGUUCUCGUCCUGGGCUCCGCCUCCCGGACUCCCCGGCCCCUCCCCCUUCCCAUCAGGACAGCAAACUGAAGCAGGAGGCUAAAACACCCAUCACCGCCAAGAAGACACAGGAGGUGAAGUUAAAGAACAUGGGUUCUUGGGCCAGCUUGGCCCAGCGUUCUCAGUCCACCCCCACCUCCGCUGUCCGCUCCUCUAGCGACAGCUUCGAACAGUUCCGUCGUGCCGCCCGAGAGAAGGAGAGAGAGAAACAGCUAAAAGCACAGGCCGAGCAGGCCAGGAGAGAGCAGGAGAAACUACGUAGCCGUGACGACGAGGACUCUGUGGAACAGCAGGGGAGGGUGCGUGUCCAGGACUCUCGCCGUCGCCAGGAGCAACUUUCACCUCAAGCCCCCACGCCCCCUGCCUCAACCCCUCCCGCCGUCUCCCCACAGGCCCCUCCCACUGAACAGGCCACACCCCCACCCUCGGCCGCAGCACAGAACGCCAUGGACCAGCAGAGGGAGCUGGCAAGACGCCGCGAGCAGGAGAGGAGGCGUAGAGAGGCGAUGGCCGACACCAUUGACAUCAACUUCCAGAGCGACCUGAUGGCCAUCUUUGAAGAGAACCUGUUCUGAGAGAGAGAUUGAGAAAGGAGGAGAGGGAGACAAAUGAACUCUACCUUAUCCCACCGGGGAUUUCACACACAACACCCCCCCUCCCUCUCUGUGAUUAGAGACCUCAGACCAGGAUGUGAGCUCCAGAGACUUGACGGAGACUGAGGUAAUAAGGUGGAGCCCCCCCCCCAGCGGUGGGGACCGGGAGUACAACUUCCACUUUUUGCAAUUUCAGAUGCGUUUUUUGUGUCUAACUGCCCGUUUUAUCGUCGAUGAUUGGUUGUUGCCGUGGGCAACGGUGAAACCGGAUACCUAUCGAUAAACAGAUAUUUGAACUCCUCUUGUAUUCUGAAACGAAACAGAGGGAGGAGGGGAGGACUGAGAACUAUUACCUGAACAUAAAGAAGAGGGGAAAAUAAAGAGGGUUUAAUGUAGAAAGAAGAAGAAGAUGAUGAUGAGCACCUUGUGUUCUUCUGACGUGAGAGAGGGAGGGAGGGAGGGAGGGGCGGGCGAACGAGAGGACGGACAGACUUCUUUCUCUCUGAUUCAUUUCUCUCUUCAUCUAGUAUUUUUCUCACCCUGUUUUCUGAUGUUGGCCUUUAAGCGGGGUGGGUGAGGGGUUAGGGAAGGGAUGGGUUAGGGAAGAGGUUGGGGA